AUGACAAGCCUUAGGAGUCGGUACUCAGUUUUGUUUGCAGUAAUCAUCCUUGUUAUGGAUAUAUUUGUUCACUGGGCUGACACGGCACGACCUACUGAUGAUGUCGAGAAGCUUUCUCAAGCUGCAGCUUUUCUAGCGCAGCAAGCAGAGCAGGAUCAGGAGGAACUCAAACGGUUAAGGGCUGCUGUCGUCCGUUUAAGCGCCUCAGUAUCGUUACAAAAGGCAGAGGAUCGAGGUGUUCAAGAGUCGGUUGCAAGCAGACGAUGGACGGAACCAAUAGCUGUUCUGGUCUUCGCUUGCAAUCGAGCAGGGGCAGUCACCAACCUCAUCAAACGUCUGAUAGCGCUUCGUCCCUCUAAGGAGCAAUUCCCAAUCACAGUUAGUCAAGACUGCAAUGAUAAAGCAGUGCAAAAAGCUGUGGCUGAGUUUGGUGACGAGGUGCAGUAUGUCAAGCACAGGAGUGCGCAGGAAGCUCGUGUCGUUGUACCUGAUAAUCAAAAGCGUUUCGCUACCUACUAUUACAUUGCACGCCAUUAUAAGCUCGCUCUAGAGCACGUGUUCGACAUUCUUGGACAUGGCAGCGUUAUUUUGUUAGAAGAUGAUCUCGAUAUUUCCAUCGACUUUUUCGAGUAUUUUCUCGCUACUCGGUAUUUGCUAGAUAGAGAUCCCACACUGAUGUGUGUAUCCGCAUGGAACGAUAAUGGAAAGGCUGAAAAUAUUGAUCUCGAGGCGAACACAUUGUUAUACCGAAGCGAUUUUUUUCCUGGCUUAGGGUGGAUGAUGACUAGUAAGUUAUGGAGAGAGCUUCAACCCAAAUGGCCUAAUGGGUUUUGGGACGACUGGUUAAGAGAACCCGAAAAUCGUAAGGGCCGCCAGUGCAUUCGUCCAGAGAUCAGCCGGACUGGUAUGACACCUUCUGGGAAGAAAGGAGCGAGCAAGGGUCUUUUUUUCGACAAACAUCUAGCGAAGGUGGUGCUCAACGCUGCCAGUGUUUCAUUCACUUCCAUGAAUCUUGAUUACCUUCUCAAUCCGGCGUACAAUAUCACUUUCAAUCGCGAUGUCUACCAAAAUAGUCCGCUCAUGUCCAUUGACGUCGCUCUUGAGUUUUCCAAGUCGAACAGUCGCACUGGCCAAAGUGUGAGGUGG